AUGGCGGCGGACUUUGUGGGAUAUACCGUUCUGGUUACGCUCAAGUCACCACCAGACUCACAGGUUCAAGGGGUAGUCGCUGAUGUUGCGGGACAGCGACUAACGCUUCAGCAUGCAACGCUACUAUGGAGUGGGCAGCAUAUUCCGCUGUACCAUAUUGACGCUCCAGGCAUCGCAGAUCUAGAAUUGUCUUCCCACCAAAUACCGAACCCUCCCGCCGCCGCCAACUACGGAACCACAGCCCAACCGUCCUUCCAUAAUGGUGGCACGCUGCCUCCUUCACAACGCCCGUCGCAACUUCCGCAACGCAGGCAGGAAAAUGCGGUUGAGACCGUGUCGAUAGAAUCCCGGCCUCAAGCGUUUGUUGAUCCCGCGAUACUAAGUUUCCAAAAACCCUCUAAAAAUUCGUCAAUUUCGACUACGAACAUACAUUUAAAUACUGGCAAACGAGACGCCACUUCUCCAGUUAUGAUUGCCGAUUCGGAGUCUUCCGCCCGCUCUGGCGCAAAGUCUAUGGUUCCCACUGCCAUAACUCCAACUGGCCCAAAACAAGCGGCGGUAGAUGAUGCAACAGCAACACUCAGCGAGCCAUUUAACAACCUGAGUUUCAACGAAGGAUCGACGGAGGAUCAGGGUACACAAGUGGAACAGGCGGAGUCGAGUAUUCCAGAAGGCCGUAGGGGUGCAGGGCCUCUGGAAGCGCCGCUCAAGUAUACCGGAAAACGUAGUCGAAGGGGCGGAAGGAACAAGAUGAAUAAAGACGCAGCUGUGCAAUCUUCCGGCGUUGACGCAAUAACGGAAAACCCUACUGCCACGACAGGUUCGUCGAGACCCCCUGUUCCAGGGAAGGGUUGGCGUAAGACUGCGUUUGUUGAACCAGCCCGCGAUCCGUCUCCACAAAAGCUUAAUAAUGGGCGAGCCAGGCGGUCUAAAGUAAGGAGCAAGAAAUCAUAUGCUGAGGACCCGAGUGGAUGGGCAACGGAGGACGCAACGGACAUUCAGGAGAUGGGAGAUUUCGAUUUCGCCAGUAAUCUAUCAAAGUUCGAUAAGCGUCGUGUUUUCGACGAGAUUCGCAAUGAUGAUACUACCACUGGCGAAGAACGAUUGGUCAGUUUCAACAGGAGAGUUCAAAGACCAGGGACGAACGAUGGCAGAAAUUUACACUACACGGAGAACGUCCUUGAUGACAAUCCAUCGAACGAUAAAUGGAAUAGUGAAGCAGGGGAAACGGACGACGAUGAAGCCAGCGAAGAGCGUUUCAGUAGCGGAAGAAAUUCCGCGAGAGCUAGGUCGAGAGUAUCCGUAUCUGCCCGUGCACAAUCUCGAAAAGGGAGUACGAUUCUCGGAUCGACUCUUGUAUCUUCUCAGAUCAGCUCCUUAUCUCGUGGCCAAAUGACAGGUUCUCGUACCGAAAGUCCGCAACCACACAAGAGUUCGCCUUUAAUAGGAUCGGGCUCAUCAUCAACUGGUUCUUUGCUGCUGGCAGCAACAAAGCGGCCAUGCCCCUGUGUCGGUCCACUUCAAAUGAUUGAGAUAGAGCAGUUGGCCAUUACGGAGCUUGGUUUGGGAGAAGACAUAAUUACGGAAAACGCUGGACGAGGCAUUGCUGAGGCUGCAGUGUUUCAAGUCUCCAAACUUGCGAUUUCAUCCACCAUAUUAGUUUUAGCUGGGAAUCACCGAACUGGCAGUCGUGCUAUAUGUGCCGCUCGACAUUUCCGUAAUCGGGGAUAUCGGGUAACGCUUUGUGUCCUCGGCCUGGAUCGUGAAGAUGAGUUCAUGGAUGGUGUACGGAAACAGAUCGACAUCUUCAAAAAGGUUACCGGAAGAGUCAUGAGAUGGGAAGAAAUAUCAACACGACUGACCUCUGGUGAUUACGUUCCCGACCUUGUAAUAGAUGCCUUAUUUGGUGUUCAUAUUGCUUUUGAUGACCUACGAACUGACGACCAAGCGACUGCCUUUGAAAUGAUCUCGUGGGCUAAUCGCAACAAUGUUGAAAUUUUGUCCGUGGAUGUCCCAUCGGGGCUCUCUGCUGUAUCAGGUGAAGCAACGCUCGUUCAAGGUUCUCGAUUGAGUGUCAAUUCAAAAUUCAUCGUUUGCCUAGGAGCACCCAAAACCGGACUUGUUCAUGCGCUUGGGUCCGGCGAAGGACUAGCCUGGAACAUCACAGUUGCAGAUAUUGGUAUCAGCCAAGUUGUGUGGAAGAAAUAUGGUAGUCGACGGCGACAUGGUGUUGACUUUGGGAAUCAAUGGAUCGUCCCCCUCCGAUUCCAAACGCCAACGCCCUGA